AUGCCGUCUGAAGACAUGAGAGUGCUGAACUUCCAGGAUAGCGAUUUCAAUGGAUUCCCGCCGGAUUAUCUUUGGAACAGAAUGAACUAUCUUCAACAGAGAGUGAUAGACGCGUUCACACAAAGCGAACGCUGUAAUAUCAAGAUCCAAACCCCAGAUUGGGAGUCCCUCGUUCGGGAAAAAGUAAUUGAUGAGGUCGACAGACGGGCGGUUUUCGAGAUCCUGGAGGACCAGGUCAAAUGGACCAGCUGGCUAUUCGUUCGGCACAUUUUCGCUUCUCUGGCAAGGUUCUUUGAUCGAAAAGGACCUCGCAGCGAUUGGACUGAAGUCGAAGCGGAAAUGCGUCAGGCGAUACUCGACCUUGCCUCUGAAAGUCCCCUCGAGGAACGAAUCAAAGAGGCGUGCAAGGAAUGUUUCGAAGAAGCGGCGAACAUGUAUUGGCCGACAAAGUCGUUCAUUGACCGUAUUGAGCCCAAUACAAAAGGUGUCUUUAAUAUCCAUUCCUCCUCCUCCAUUGCUUCCCAUCGGAUAGAGGUCCAUCUCUCGCUCACAUUGGAGGUGAAAGUUGUUUACAAAGCCAUCCCUCAGCCGACUAUCAACCUGAUAGCCGUUCCACAGCCGACUUUCAACCUGUUAGAGAUAGAAGGGAUGUUGGACUUCGAAUUCCCACUGGUCGCUGAGGCUGACACAGUAUCCUCAGACACAACAACGCAUACAAUCGGAGGAAGUCUGACGAAAAACUCAAUCUUUCGCUCGUUGACGGGGUUUACGUCAGCCUCCGCAAUCAAUCAAGCCCAUCCGAGGCCCGACAGUAAACCUGGACCUGCGAGCAUGUACUCGUCCGGAAGUGCAGGGGCUCACGAGGAAAUGUGGUCAGACUGGUACCCCAGAUCGUUGCGAGAGUCUCUUGAAUGGCAAUAG